CUCUGCUUCGAUCGUCCAGGUUCGGAUGAUUGCCUGAAUGGUUGUCGAAUGAUGUCGGGCUACGCAAAGUACGCACAGCCCCAACUUCGCCGCUGGAUUGUCUUGGGGGCAACUCGCAACGCCAGGCUGAAGAAAUUUACAAAUAACAUCAACGUCUUUCUUGUAUGAUAUCCUUUUUACUUGGAACCUUUGCUAAUAGUCUGCUCGACCGGACAACUCUGCCGUUACAAGAACUUGACCUAUACAAGGGAAUAGGCAACAUCCACCUGAUCGUUUCCGGUUACCUAAGCCGCCAAGCAUUUUGAAUCCUUCGCAAUUUAAACAUCUCUCUCGACAGAAAUACUGGAAUCGAGUAUACUCAUUAUUGUAGCAAUUGCAAUAUACGCAAAAAUGCCAUCAUCAACCAUGCGGACGGCCGUUCUACAGGCCACCGUGGUUUGUACCAUAUCAAUGAUCAUCUCCCACCACACGACUGGAAGCGUGUUUGACGAGGUAUGGGAGAACGAAGGAUUUCGAAACUUUACAGACACGAUGGACCAGGCAGAUCCAAGUAUCGCGGGCCGGCCUGGUCGAUUAAAACUGGGUGCUUCGAAUUCGACCAAUGCAGUCAAUAACGGGACUAUGGCGGACGAACCACUGGAAGCAUUCUAUACCGUCGUGUUUCCACGAGACGUCAUUCUCAACACUAUCAUUUUGAUGCUACAGUAUUACUGGUACACCUGGUUGGAGAGAAUGUUGCCUGCCAGGCCCCGGCGGAUUGAAGCUUACUACGGGCGUACUGAAAAGAUUGAAGAGAGUGAUGAUCGGGAAGAGGAAGUCGUGAAGAAAUGGAUUGCGCAAGGCAGGGUCAAACGAGCAUCUCUAAACUGGUGUAACACUUUCCUUAAAUGGAUCAUAGAAUUGACGAUUGGGCGGUUGUGGUUGUAUACUGUUUCGCAUUUUCUGGGAGGGCUAUUAAGGAUGGAAUCCCCCCGUAAAAUACUGGAAACAUUCACAACCCGUAUUUUCUUCGAUUUCAUCGCCUCUUUCAUCUCUACUGGUCCUCUUUGCGACCUCAUUGCCUUUAUCAUCAUUCCAGCACCCAAGCAGAUCGUUUUCAUGGCAAGCUGGACUCUUGUGACCUCUAUUUUCAUAACAUUCAUUAUUCGAACCGUUGCCAGCUGGGCUGUGAAAACAGACCUUGCCCAGUCCUUUAUGAAGAACGCCACAGAUGAAAGGGUGCGGCAAGGAUUUGGGGCGCGUCCUGAGAUCCAGCGGAUAGGAGACGAAUUGUGAAUCGAGAUGUACAUAGGGAAGAUUGGGAUGAAACCUGGCAUUUUGAAGGAACAUGAUAUCUCUGGCAGGCGCUGAAUAUUCAUAAUGCUUCUUCUUUAUCAUGUAGAGAGUAAAUACUGGUCAUCGGAACUUAGUCACCAUGUACUUAUGUCUAAGCAUUUCGAGUACCUAUAUUGUAACCCAGACCAGAAGGAAUGCUUACCAUCAUAAGGAGGUGCUAGCGCGAAUCAGAGUCAUUCAUCCGCAUUGAUUUGGUCCCCAUCAACUCAA